AUGGAAAAAUCAGAACCGGAAUGUUCAAUCAAAAAAAGGUUGCCUUCUAACGAAAAUGGGACGCCUAAAGAGCUACAUUCUUUACCUUGUAAAAUCGAUUACACCGGACCCGCCAACGUUUCUGGGUUAGUUUUUUUCUGAUGAAAUUUUUUAUUCGGGAAGUCGAUUUUUCUGAAAAUUGUUUUUGUUCUCCAGAUAUUUCAUUCGAGAAAAUUCCGCGGAUGGAAAAGAAAAAGAAGCGAAUUUUCGAGGGCGUGGGCUCCAAGGCGUCGACUACCACUUUCCGGAUGAUUAUAAACUAUACGUUUUGAAGAAGAGAGAAGGUUCGUGGUUUUUAUUUCCUGAUGGCUAAUUUUGAAUGAUUUUGAAUUUUUGUUCAAAUAGAUGUCAAGGACGGUUUCAUUUUUUAGAGAUAACUUUGUGGGGAGAGGGCUUUUUGAAAGCCCUCUCCCCACAAAGGAAAGGUUUUUUUCAAAAAGAAGUGUCAUUAAAAUCAGAGCAGAAAAAUAGUGAUUCGGAAAAAAACAAGAAAAUAAAAAAAAGUAGUCGAAAAAAGGCACUUUCUAGCAGCCUUACUUCUUUCAAAAACCUCGAAGUUUCUUAAAGUUCUUCUUUUUUAAUUGUCCAAAAACCUACUCUCAGAAAAUGCAGAUAUGGUCAAAAUGGAAAGGUUUCUAGGUGAUCGAGAUCAAUACGACAUUGAAGCCGAGUACAAGCAGGUGACGACGUGGGAGUGGGAUCGAUCUCCUGGCGCCGACGGAUCCAGAACUUCUCUCGCCCGCGCCUUCACUUAUCUUCAAGCUGCCAAGUUGCUGGCCACCGAUUAA